CUAUUGGCAACAGGGCAGGGCUUGCUGGGGUAGCAUCCGGGAACUAAGACAGUUCCCAUAAUGCCCGCAGAAGCAUCGGGGGAUAUGCAGUAGAGCUUUACUCAACGGGCAAACGGCGGAAUCGAUAUGGCUCUGGUAUCAGCUGAUUCCCGCAUUGCUGAACUCCUGGGGGAGUUGCAUCUGCUUAUUAAACAGACGCAGGAGGAACGAUCAAGGAGCGAACACAACCUUGUGAACAUCCAGAAAACACAUGAGAGGAUGCAGACAGAAAACAAGAUCUCUCCAUAUUAUCGGACCAAAUUACGUGGCCUCUACACAACCGCCAAGGCUGAUGCAGAAGCCGAAUGCAAUAUCCUGCGCAAGGACUUGGAUAAGAUAGCUGAAAUUAAAUCUCUUCUGGAAGAACGCCGCAUUGCUGCCAAGAUUGCUGGCCUCUACAAUGACUCAGAGCCACCACGUAAAACCAUGCGCCGUGGCGUGUUGAUGACGCUCCUCCAGCAGUCAGCCAUGACUCUUCCCUUGUGGAUCGGGAAACCUGGAGAGAAGCCUCCUCCACUGUGUGGUGCCAUCCCUGCCUCUAGCGAUUAUGUGGCUAAACCAGGGGACAAGGUGGCUGCUCGUGUCAAGACAGUCGAUGGGGAUGAGCAGUGGAUCUUGGCUGAGGCUGUGAGCUACAACCAUGCCACCAACAAGUAUGAGGUGGAUGACAUUGAUGAAGAAGGCAAGGAGCGCCACACCCUGAGCCGGCGCCGCAUCAUCCCCCUGCCCCAGUGGAAGGCCAACCCUGAAACAGACCCCGAGGCCUUGUUCCAGAAAGAUCAGCUGGUCCUGGCCUUAUACCCACAAACUACCUGCUUCUACAGAGCACUUAUCCACACUCCACCACAGCGGCCUCAGGAUGAUUACUCAGUGCUGUUUGAAGACACCAGCUAUGCAGAUGGCUACUCUCCGCCCCUCAACGUGGCUCAGCGUUAUGUGGUGGCUUGCAAAGAAACCAAGAAGAAGUGACAGCGCUCUCUACUGGGUGCUGGUGAUGUGGCAUGGCAAAGAACCAGAUCUCUCAAACGGACUUUUACGAGCGUAGAUUUAAUAAAGCAGAAACGAGCAGAAAUCGACAGGGGCAGAAGACAAAUUUAUUAAUCAAAGUA